CUUUCGAAGACUUCUCUGUACCAUUAUGCCUGUAACAGCCCAGCAAGAACGCAUUACUCGAACUCAUGGUUCCACCAAUUUGGAAAGCGGAGAGUUCCGUGCUUCCCCACCAUCUGAGAUCGUCCCUGGGGUCCAGGGCGGCCAUGUUGACACUGCACCACAACAGGCCUCUACGCAACCUGGGGAUGGAAGUGAAGUCCGGGUUUCCAGAGCAUCCGACGACAGAAGCAAAGGCCUAUCCGGAACUUUCAACGGCAACAUUCCAUUCAAGGAACGAGUAGUCGGCGGCGCUCAAAAAAUCCGAGGAACCGUCUUAGGAAAGCCUGAUCUAAAAGAGCAUGGGCAAGCAAUAUUGGACGGAAGGACGACCCACGAAGCUGAUAAACAGAAAAGAGACUAAUCUUUCCUUGUACUAAUAAUACCAGCCGCAGUUAUUCGUGCCCUUUGCAUAGUCUACCUCAGUAAUUAUCAUUGCUGACGUGGCCAUCGCUUCGACAAAUAUUCUCUGCUUCCGUAUUUACGUUGUUACCUUUCGAAAAUGGGAAUGGCUGGGUACAGUCCAGCCUGCUUGCAUGAUUUCGCA